AAAAUCGUUAAGAUCCUAAAUCUCUGAGGUCUUUCCUCCAUGUCCGAAAUGGCAAUCAAAAACGAUCCAUCGACAACUGAGUGAAACAAAAAAUAUUGAUCUUGGAAUUGCCACUUCCAUUGAAUUGGAAUAUCUCGUUCAUGUUCAUGAAAUCCACCAAAUUUGAAUUGCAACAACUACUGACAGAGAUUGAGAUCCUUUAUGGUUCUCGAGAAUGCUGAAUGUAGCCUGAUUGUUGAUCUGGUCCGAAUGAGAAUGCCUCUGUUCAGAUGAGAAAUGAGACAACAUUUCAACACUUUUAUCAAACUUUCCACAGGAGUGGUUUUAUUUCCGUUAUUCAAUCUGUCUUAGACCGUCUGUAUUUUUGCGCCUGAUCAUAUUGGAGAGCUAUCUAUUGGGCUGAAAUUUUGUCUUGCCCGGUAUUGACUAGUAUUCAUCUAGUAGUAUAUUCGUAAUUCGUAUUCCUUAGAUAUGCUCAUCGCUCUUCUUGUUUGAAAAAACGUUCUUCUUCCAUCCCUAGGAUGUACUAGAUUAUAUACAUAAUCUAUUGUUUCUUCCCAUGUAUAGUGCUUACCCUCGCUAAGAUAUAACAAGAGUCAACGUCAUCAAGGAUAGUAGUUAUAUGUUGUAGUUGUCCCACAACCGGGUCUUACUUGGCAUGCAUUUUUGUCUUGCUUUUUGGGCCGUCCUAUGUGCUUCCCUCAUAUUCCUCCUGCCAAAAGAUUUGCCUUCUCCUUGUCAGCAUCUAUGCUCCACGAUGUUGACCAAACAAACUUGAAACUCUAUGCUAUCGUCCCAUUCACACAAGUGUUACUACCUUUACUUAUCCGAGGGCCUCCCAAUCGUUUUAUGUUAUCAUCUAUCUAAGUCUUCCACCUUCAGCUUACUCAUGCUUCUCAUUCUUGUAUAUUUAUAGGAAGCAUGAUGAUGAUGUACUAUAGUCAUGCCUAGUUACAGUUCGUCCUAGUCCUGGCCCUGCCUUAUCAACCUGGACAUGCAGAUUUAAUUUGAUAGCUACACCUGCUAUUCUCAGGACACCGACCAACACUACUGAUUAUAGUACAGGAGAUUUCUUCUUUUUCCCAUUCCCACCACGUCCCCACCUGCGAGCUCACUACCUCCUCGUUUCUUUUCACAUUUGCAGAUUAUAGUACGUUCUCUUAUCAAUCGAUCUCCUUUGAAUGAUCAUUGAUGGAGGUGGACCGUAUAAAUAGAUUUCUUUGAGUUUCAUGAUCUGAGUCAGUCUAAUUUGCUGAACUGAAGAUCAUAUCGAAUAAGAACGGGCGAGUUUGGCUUUCAGACGACAUAAAAAUGACAAAAAUGACUUCGAUCAACGACAAACGUUUCCACCAAAAAGAGUGUCGCUUGGCGGCUUGUUGUCCAGCGACCCCGUCCGCUUCCUCUUCGGCUCCGCGACGCAGAAGCACGCCACUGCUGCUCUCCGCAGCGCUUGUUGCUCUGGGUGCCGAGCCAGCAAGUGCCCAUACCUACAGCCAGAGACUCAUGUCCGCAGCUUGCAACUGGACGGGUUUCGGCUGCAGCGAGGCUGAGACCAAGCAGAAGCAGCUCAAAGAGUUGCGGGCAUUGCUUGGGAUGGAGGAAGACGGCGAUGACUCGCUAGAAGACGGGUUGGCGCACCUUUCCGCGGAGGACGUCUCCAACCUUCUGACCAAUGUGAAGAGGCAGCAAGCCUCUGCCGCAUUCAACGCAGAUUUGAGUGACGAAGAUCAGGAAGGUAGAGGAGUGCUAGCCGGAUUGAUGUCUUCGUUGCUGCAGAAAAAGACCGAACGGUUUGAGGUUUUCGGUAACGGCGACGUGCUCCAGCAUUCAGGCGAGGAAGAUGUUCAGGUCGUCCAUGCCAGUGGCCCUUUUGGCGGUGGUGGCAUGAUGCUGGGCGAGCCGGAAUUCGCGCAGUCACCUGACGGUGACAUUCGUAUGCGGUUUCGUAUCGCUUUCGAAGGGGAGCCAUCUCGCCGCAGCCGCUUGCGGGGGGGAGGUCCAGGCGAAGGACCCAUUGAUCCUCUCCGUGACAUGGACCCGGGUCUGAGCGAAAUUCUGCGUGCUCUCUCAAGCGUGCACGAAAAGCACGACGACGACGACACUGAUGUGCUGCAGGACGCGAUGGCGAGCAUCAUUUCCGGUGACGAGGGUCCACUCGCUGUGCGCCGCCUUCGCUCUGGCUUGCCCGUUUUACCAGCGCCACCUUCCAAGCAGGAUGUUGGCAUGCUCGCACUUCCCGGCGGGUUCAACCCUUCUGCCAUGUUCGGCAGCAUGUUCGGAGCAAGCGAUGAGGUGGAGGAGCUGCAGCAAGCAGCUGUUUUCACUUCCACCUCGCAAGAUGGUGGCGAGCUGCGUCGUGUCGUGCACGUGGUGAAGCUGGGCUCUCCAGAGGAUGCGCUGAACGCAUUUUUUCCUCGCAAUCUCUUACAGAACUUGAUCGAGGAACAGGAUAUUUUGAAACACAUCAUGGCCGACAUCUCCGCGAAGUACGUCCAGGAGCCGCCAACCGAGUUCAAAGACCCGGUCACCGACGCCUUGCUGGACGAGCCGGCGUACAUCUACUGGCCAUCGUCCACGGAGCUCUGGAAGAAACGCGCGUUCGAAAUGGUGAACAUCAAAAACUGGUUCAACAAAGUGGGCACGGUGACGAAUCCUGCGAACGACGAGGCCAUGGGCUACCCGGGACCCUACCAGGUGGUGGCCGCCACGGAACUGAAGGAGAAAAUCACCAAGUGGAAGGCGGAAAAUGCGCGCGAUAAGCCAGAGAAAACAGGAGACAACACGGAAGAUUCAUCGGUGCUGACCGAUACAACUUCCUCUACUGCGUCGAAGGGCGAGGAGGAGGCUCACUUCGAGAGCGCGAUGAAAGACGCUGGCAGCUCCUCGCUGGAGGGCCAGCUGAAAGAAGUUGCAGACUUGCGCUGUCCGCUGACACAGACUCGCGUUGCCGAGAUGAAGAACGCCGUGACGCGAGAUGGCAUCACGUUCUUCGAGGCAGCAGCACUGGAGGCGCGUUUGGAGAAGGAGCUCCGCGAUCCGAUCGAUCACAAAGUGGUCGUCGUGCGCUCUGAGUAUAUCUCUACGAACGAACUUGCUGGCGAGUUUGCCGCGAAAGUGGUGUUGCCGGCUGCUCCCAUGAAGAAAACGAGGAGCUCCCAGGUCAGCAAGGCAAACGAAGAUCCAUCGUGGGCGCAGGAGCAACACGAUGCUCAUGACAAAGCGCAGCAAUUGCGUUCGCCUAUCGCCGCAGCCCGCGCCCUCCGUAUUGCCGGCCAACGCUUUUCGACCAAGAGCCUGAGCUUCAACGCGUUCAAGAGCCGCGCGGUUCGUAUCUUCACCAACGGUGGCGUUCAGAAUUGGGAACCGACCAAGGCCACCUCGAAACGCGUCCUGGUACUCUGCGCGGAACAGGAUGAGGGAGCCGAAGAAAAACUUCGCGAGCAAUUCCUCAGAAAAGGUUUCAACGAAGUCGAUGUCAAAAACUUCAAGACCCCAUCCGAAUUCAUCGAUCACAAGGAUUUCCAUGCGGAAGGAUAUGUAAUACUUACUUAAAGUUGUAUUAUCUUAAUCUUUAGUAUAUAAAUAAUAUAUAUUCGAAUUGAGGCAUUAAUUUGUAUUCGAAUCCAUGAGUUCACGUUUAGCGAACCUACGGAGCACGUUCGUUGCUCGUUUUUUCGCAUUUCAAAUGAUAACCACAGUCUACCUCCUACAACUACAUCCCUGGAACUAUAUUUUCAACUAGAACCUGCGACUACGACUUUCAUACCUAGUACCGCAAUAUUCGCUUCUUUCAGGAUGCAAUGUACGACCUUGGCGUAUUGCCCAUGUCUCACCGGGAAAGCAAGGAGAAAAUUUCAGGCUUUUGGGGCCAGAUUCGCAGCUUGUUUAUGCGCAGCGACAAACCGGAUGCUGAAUUCGUUACCCACAGCCAGAUUCUUGCGGAGGUACAAAACUUAGCUUAUCAGGCUCAUGAGCAAGGCUGUCUUACUAUUUUUGGACAAAGAUCUUCAUCAAGCAACUUUUCCGUUAAGAUAAUACAGAUAACAUCAACAUAAAAAAGAGGAAAAGCAUCAUCAUCGCAAGCGAAAAAGCAGACAAAAACAGAAGAGCUGACUACAACACCAACACGAUGUAUAAAUUCAAAGACCACAAAAAAUGAAUUGAAAAAGAAAUUGAACAACAACAAGGAUAAGGAAGAAAUAGAUAAACGUGCACUCAUAAUUAAAGAAGCUAGACCCCGCGAAUGGGUACAUCAAUCAAUCAACAACAAAUUACAGGAUGUCUCGGCUGCUUACGACGCGACCUGUUCUGCGAAUGAGGAGUGCCACCUGAAGAUUCACUCAGACACUCCGAUUGGUCGCGAUGGCAGUGUGUAUCAGACCCGAUGGCGUCGCGCCAGAGCGAAUGAACGGGAGUUGUAAAACUACUCGAUUGUGAAAAAAGAUGUAGGUGAUGGUAGUCACAAUCUCAAUUACUCCUGCUCGUGGACCUGGUCGCCGCGGUUGGACUGUGGCCGCCAAAGAAUUUAGGACGAAUGUGGAGGAAGUGAGGUGGGCUAAAAAAGUUGAGCCACUGCAGCUAAUUACCUACAAAGGAGGGACGUUGAUGCCUUUUCGAUCUACUUUUUAGUAGGUAAAAAAAGCUAAAGAGACAAACUACAUUGUACAGCUUGCAGAAGUAUGGAAUCUCGAACCACGAGGAGAACAUCAGCUCGCAGAUGAAGCGUGGUCGCAUGAACCGACGUGCUUGUCCACAGAAAGCAUACAACAAUUUCCUGUUGCUCUUUUGCGCGGAACAGGGAGAGGGAUUGGAGUAUUAUACACAGAACGGACGCUCAUCGCGAACAAAACGAAGCUGUGAUUGAAAAUUAAAAAAUAGUGAUACUUUUUUCCUAUGCCAAUUACAUUUCCCCUUUUCAUACGCUAAAACGCGAACAGGAUAUUCGAGCAGCACCCUAUUAUGAAUUCCUCGUGGUUACUAAUCUCACACUUAUUCCUAUUUAAUGAUUACUCUCCACUAAAUCUAAAACUCUUUCAUGGAUAAUUACUGAUCUAUUUACUUCAAUUUUCUUCUUGAAAAGCCUUAACCUUUUAUUUACUUAACGAUUCGCAUUCGCUUUACAUCGCAAAAACAAAAAAUAGUAGGAUAAUUUCGAUCGACAACAAAUUUUGAAAAUGAUUUUUGGAAGAUAGAUCAUGCAUGGGGAUAAAGACCAGCUGGAGUGAAGGACUGUGCUGGUGUCGGUGGUACAUUGCCAUGAUCCCAAGGAAAAACGUAAAUCUUCCAACAAAAAAUCGAUGUGGCAUACUGCUGACAAUAUUGAUCUUAGAAAACGGAGUAUUUAAUGAAGAACAAGAAUUGACGAUUCAAAGACACAUGUGUACAAGCACGCACUUAUUAGGGGUGCGUCCAUGCUAAUGUGCAUGUAAAACGGGGGCUACUGGGGGACGGCAUGGUCGGGAAUGUCGCACGACAACCACAACAGCCGCCAAGAAUGAUAUGACUCGAUUGAAUUUAUAUUAUAGGCACACAGGAGGAGCUUUGUGUUUGUCAUUGCCUUUGACUGUUGCCUCCAUGUUUCGUGUUGCAUACAAUGUCUCAACACUUAGACUCAGACAACACAGCUAAAUAGUAUAUUGAACAGCAACCUAGAACAAGAUAUGGACAAUACCAUUUUGAUUCUCAGAAUGUUGCAGUUCUUAUCUACUACUGUGAUUUGUGAUUCUGAUUGACGAUCACCGACCACAAGAUUCUAGAGCAUGCGAUAUCAAGAAAAGUCCUCUCGGAUCGUCUAUUCUACGAGCAUUGUUUCUCUUGUUGCUUUGGGUUUUCUCGUUUGUUUGAGUUCGUUCGUGGUACGCUGAAGUACGUAAGUAUUUCCUUUCAAGUAAAAUGAUCACAGUCUUCAUUUCUUCACCACCUACAUAAUGUUAGCGAUUGAGAAGCACUAUGACUAUCUUCCUCUUUAUUGUACUUCCGUUUCCGAUAUCCACACCUUGGCUCCUCUAUCCAAGUACGGCGAGGCGGUCUUUCCAAAGUGUUAGGCGGCCUCGAAUACGUACAGAGUGGUCUACGCGACAACACUGGGAUUUGGUAGAAAGAAUUUGGAGGAAGAUCAAGAUCAACAAGCAUUCGAGAAUGGAAGCCAACAUGACCACGGCAAUGCACAUUCAUUCAUGUAAUGUUAAUGUGCAUUAAUGAUGCAACACCAACACACGAAGACACUACAUCAAGACAGCAUAUCAUAUGAGGGGCGUCUUUUAUGAUAUGGAGACUUAGUACAUUUGAUUAUUAAACACCACUGAAUCAUCUAGAUUGUUUGGAUGAAAAGCAUUUUAGAAGC